GUUCCUGGUUUUGAUGCUUCCCAACAUUACCAAAUCUGGGCUUUCCUGGAACUUGCUCAGUAGGUCAUACUGUGCUCAGCUACAGACAGCCAAAUGCCUCUGCCUCCCUUGUCCUGUGAUUAUUGAGAUGGCAUCAUCGUAUCAUCUCAGUUCCUGAAAAGUUUGGGAUGAUAUCUUCAAGAAGACUGAAAAUAAGUUAAAGAAUCUCAAAGAUGGUAUCCAGAAUGGGUGGAAAAUGGCAAUGCAAGAAGCCGUAUGCCUUCUCAAUUCCAAGUGCCAGAGGCAAGAUUUUUGAACCUUGGCUCAUACACCAACAGAGCUGUCCAGGACUUUUCACUGCUAUGGACCCAAAUGAGCAAAUGGGCACCAUCAGAACCUCCAGAAAUGUUACUCUUCCACCCCAUGAACGGUUCAAAAUUUUAAUUCAUGCUGGGAUGUCUAUUGAGGUCAGCAAAAAAGUUCCAUUGAAAACAUAUCUUGAAAUGAUGGAUGACCUCAUAAAGGUGGCAGCUGACCUACAAAGAAAAGACCUGAAAGAGGAAGCAUUUGUGGAGUACCACAAAUUUUUAACACUCUUUGUGGAGAAACUCAGAGAAGGCCCGGAAUACCUCAACUGCCUUUCCAAGGGAGCAAGAUCUAAAAUCAACAAGACGAUAAAUAGAGUCUUUGUUAUUGCUGAGACUCUGAAGAGAAAACUCCUGACACAAUACAACAAGGAGUAUGAAGGUUAUCUGGCAGAUAAGGUCAGUGUGUGA